UGGAACCUUGGAGAUUGGACAGCAUUCAUCCAGGACGUUAUAGGCCUACAAUCCUUCAAAGGAUGCAGUCUUGAAUUUGGACACAGCAACAGUGAACGACAUCCAUGUUACUUCCAGCACCGGGCCGCUGUCACUCAGCGGGCCUGUGACCAAUCAGAGCAGACCUAAGCUCCUCCCUCCAGCCCGGCUGCAGCUGCAGGGUCUCGCCGGGGUUCUCCUCUUUUCUCCUGCUCCGCUCUCUGAAUCCGGCUGCACCUCAUCGUCCUGUUUCUGCUCCGUCCCAGAGCUCCCCGGCCUGCCCAUGGACAGAGGAGCGAUGCUGACCGCGGCUCUGCUGUGCUGCUGGAGCUGCUCCGUGUUUGUGGUCUCAGCCAUCCGGAGGACUGAUCUGUUUCCUUACGGGAUUUCACAAGGAGAUUUAAUUCUACCAGAGGGCGACGACGAGACGUCCAGAGCGCUGACCCUGCCUAGACCCCUUUACUUUUUUGACUCUUCUUUCUCCCAGUUGUAUGUGGCCACCAAUGGCAUCAUCUCGUCCCAGGACCUGCCAAUGGAAAAGCAGUAUGUUGAUGAUGGCCUCCCUACAGACUUCCCUGUUGUGGCGCCGUUCCUAGCUGACAUUGACACCAGUGGAGGACGAGGACACAUUUAUUACCGGGUUACUGAAACACCCAGUGUACUUAAUAGAUUCACCAAGGAGGUGCACCGGGGCUUCCCAGAUGCAAAAUUCACUCCCACACAUGCUGUGGUGGCAACAUGGGAAAACGUUGCUGCAUAUGAAGAACAAGCUCGAGCCACUGGCGCUUCAAACAAGGUCAAUACGUUCCAAGCUGUGAUUGGAUAUGAUGAGACAGACUCGUACGUUCUCUUCCUUUAUCCCGAAGAUGGACUUACAUUUUUUGGGACACGGCCUAAGGAGUCCUAUAAUGUGGAGAUAGAGCUUCCUGCUAGAGUUGGCUUCAGUAGAGGAGAAGUUUCAUUUUUCAUUAUUUCCAAAACCGAUGGACCUUUUUAUACCGUUGCCCAAGAUGAAAACAGUGUUAAAAGGCUUUCUCAGGUUGGAAAUACUGGGGUUCCAGGUGUUUGGCUUUUCCACACUGGAAAACGGUACUCUUUUCAAGCCAUCAUUCCUGCAUCAAUUGGUGGUCUCCUUGCUACACCAUCUACUGUUGGAUAUGGCCUCUACCUGGACACAACCACCCCUGAAUAUGAGUUUGAGGAUUAUACCUUUGAGCCAGAGACCCAAGAAGAAGUGGAUAGCUACACUCUGGCAGGCAAAGGCCCUGACUUCCAACCAGAUUCUGCUGGUAGUGACCACUCAGACUCCAUUCAACCUGGAAGUUCCGACUCUCCUCCUUCUCGUUCAGAAGAUUCUGACCGCCAGUUGUCAUACAACAGAGAAGAUGUACCAUUGACUUUGGAGCCAGCAGAAAGGCAGUACGCUCCACCUCGUUUUCCACUGACAGGCCCAGAAGGACGCACUCAGCGGCUCCAGGAACAGCAACCGCAGUUUACUUUGGAGGUGGUGGACGUUUACCCCCCUCUUGGAAGCGAAGUACCCCUAUCCCCUGGAGGUCACGUGGUCAGUGUGGAUGAAGAUGAUGUUGAGUUUGACACAGGAGUGAUUCAGUACACUACAGAGAAUAAGGAAACAUGUGCCAGGUUCCAGAUGCAAUGCUCCCAGAAUGCAUUCUGCUCAGACUAUGCUACAGGAUUUUGCUGUCACUGCCGACCAGGCUUCUAUGGAAAUGGCCGUCAAUGUCUACCAGACGGUGCUCCUCAGCGCGUCAGCGGUAAAGUGAGCGGCACAGUGAUGGUGGGUUCGACUCCAGUUGAGCUGAAUAACAUUGACCUUCAUGCCUACAUUGUGGUUGGAGACGGAAGAGCAUACACAGCCAUUAGUGAGAUACCAGAGCCAGUGGGCUGGGCCAUGAUGCCAGUUUCACCCAUCGGAGAGCUUUUUGGAUGGCUGUUUGCUCUGGAGCUGCCCAAUAGCCAAGCAGGAUUUAAAGUCACAGGUGCUGAGUUCAGUCGUCAUGCUGAGGUGGUGUUCAGCCCUGGCAACCAGCGCCUGUCCAUCACGCAAACAGGCCGUGGUCUUGACGAAAAUAACCACCUCAGUGUGGAUACUGUAAUUCAUGGCAAUGUGCCAUUCGUACCACCCGGAGCCGAAGUUACUAUGGAGCCCUUCAAGGAAACCUACCAGUACUACCCAUCUGUUGCCACCUCCAGCUCUGUCAGGGAGUUUUCCGUUGUUACAGCUGAACGUGGCAUAGAGUCCUUCACUUUCCACCUGAAGCAGAAUAUCACUUAUCGUGAUUGUCGCCAUGACAACCGGCCUCCCACCUCCGAAACAUUGCGGAUCAACAUGGAAAGGGUGCUCGUGAUGUACGUCAAGGAGGAGCAGAUCCUGAGAUACGCCAUCACUAACAAGAUCAGCCCGGUUGGAGAUUCUUCUAUGGUUGAGCUGUUGAACCCCUGCUAUGCUGGGAACCAUGACUGCGACACCACAGCACAGUGCAUCCCACUGGAGGACCAAGCCUUCCGGUGCCAGUGUGCUACUGGUUAUAGUGGAGAUGGACAGAACUGUUACGACAUCGAUGAGUGUGCAGAGGGUUUGAGUUCGUGUGGCGAUUACUCUCAGUGCCUGAACCUUCCUGGUACACACCGCUGCCAGUGCCAGAGCGGCUUUGAAUCUGGCUACAACAGCCAUACCUGCGUUGACAUCAAUGAGUGCAGCUCUUCCCCAUGUCACGUUAGUGCCAAAUGUAUCAAUGAACUGGGGUCCUUCCAGUGUCAGUGCCUGCCUGGAUUUAAUGGUAAUGGGUUCCAGUGUUCCCCUCUGGCAGAUCGGCUGAGGAGCCAGUGUGAGCAGCACAGAGAUGGUCUACAGAGUGGAGGACAAACAAGUGAUGGAGCCUAUAUCCCUCAGUGUGAUUCUGAUGGACAGUAUCGACCACGGCAGUGCCAUGGUUCUACUGGACAUUGUUGGUGUGUGGACAGUAGAGGACAGGAAAAACCAGGAACAAGGACGCCCCCUGGUACAGCACCUAAAGUCUGUGAUAUAUUAGUUGACCCAGAACGUCCUAAGACUCACUGCGAGCACCACAGAGACAGAGUUCACACCACCAGCUCUGAUGGGCGUCCUCUAACUGGAGCUUAUGUGCCUCAGUGUGAUGAAAAAGGACAGUACAGACCACUGCAGUGCCACAGCUCUACUGGAUAUUGUUGGUGUGUGGACAGCAGGGGAGCAGAAAGACCAGGAACCCGUACUUUACCUGGUACACCCCCAAUAGACUGUGACAAACCCGAGCGGCCUAAGACUCACUGUGAGCACCACAGAGACAGUGUUCAGACCACCGGUCCAGAUGGACUUCCUCUUCUUGGAGCAUAUGUACCUCAGUGUGAUGAAAAUGGACUCUAUCUACCACAGCAGUGCCAUGGUUCUACUGGACAUUGUUGGUGUGUGGACGGUAGGGGACAGGAGAGAACGGGAACUAGGACUCCACCUGGUACACCUCGAGUAGACUGCAGCAGAGCAGAUGAGCGGCCUAAGACUCACUGUGAGCACCACAGGGACAGUGUUCAGACCACCGGUCCAGAUGGACUUCCUCUAGAUGGAGCCUAUGUACCUCAGUGUGAUGAAAAUGGACUCUAUCUACCACAGCAGUGCCAUGGUUCUACUGGACAUUGUUGGUGUGUAGAUGCUAGAGGACAGGAGCUGGCAGAAACUAGGACUGCACCUGGUACACCUCGUGUGGACUGCAGCAGAGCAGUCCAUCCAGAGCAUCCAAAGACUCAAUGUGAGCACCACAGAGACAGUGUUCAGACCACCAGUCCAGAUGGACUUUCUCUGGUUGGAGCCUAUGUACCUCAGUGUGAUGAAAAUGGACUCUAUCUACCACAGCAGUGCCACGGUUCUACUGGACAUUGUUGGUGUGUGGACGGUAGAGGACAGGAGAGAGCAGGAACCAGGACUCCUCCUGGUACACCUCACGUAGACUGCAGCAGAGCAGAUGAACCAGAGCAUCCUAAGACUCACUGUGAGCAUCACAGAGACAGUGUUCAGACCAGCUCAAAUGGAAAUUCUCCAGUUGGAGCUUAUGUACCUCAGUGUGAUGAAAAUGGACAGUAUCUACCACAGCAGUGCCAUGGUUCUACUGGACAUUGUUGGUGUGUGGACAGCAGGGGACAGGAAAGAGCAGGAACCAGGACUCCACCUAGUACACCUCACAUAGACUGCAGCAGAGCAGAUCAACCGGAACGUCCCAAAACUCCCUGUGAGCACCACAGGGAAAGAGUACAGGUCAUCAGCUCACAUGGAUACCCUGUAGCUGGAGCCUAUCUGCCUCAGUGUGAUGCUGAUGGAGAGUACAUACCACUGCAGUGCCACGCAUCCACUGGUUAUUGUUGGUGUGUCGACAACAGUGGACAGGAGAAAGCAGGAACCAGGACACCACUGGGUACACAGCCAAAGGACUGCGCAAAACCAGAUGCUCCUAAAACGCACUGUGAGGAGCAAAGAGACAGAGCACAAGCCAGCAUUCAAGAACGCUAUCCCAUAGCUGGAGUGUUUGUUCCUCACUGUGAUGCACAGGGACAGUACCUACCUCAACAGUGCCAUGGUUCUACUGGACAUUGUUGGUGUGUUGACAGCAGUGGACAGGAGAGAGCAGGAACCAGGACUGCACCUGGUACCACACCUGUAGACUGUAGGAAACCAGACUCUGCAGUAUCUAACAAUCGACUGGAGAGCGUGUGUGAGAGAUGGAAGGCCAGUGUGAUCGAGCACUACGGUGGAAAACCAGACCCCAAGCAUUAUGUGCCCCAGUGCGAACCAGAUGGAGAAUUCAGUCCUGUCCAGUGUUACGGGGAGUCCACUUACUGCUGGUGCGUAGACCAGGAGGGGCGGGAAGUCCCUGGUACCCGUUCACAUGAUGAUGUGAAACCUGCUUGCCUCCCAUCAGUGGCCCCGCCUAUCAUACGUCCUGUGACCCGUCCAGAUGUGACCCUUCCGACAAACACCGACGUUACUCUUCUCUACGCUCAGGGACAGAAAAUAGGAGCUCUGCCUCUGAACAGGACCAGACUGGAUGCAGCCCGGUCCAAAACACUGUUGACUCUACAUGGCUCCAUAGUUGUUGGUAUAGCCUAUGACUGCAAAGAAAAUAAAGUCUAUUGGACGGAUUUGUCAGCAAGAACGAUUAACAGAGCUUCGAUGGCAUCUGGAGCUGAGCCUGAGAUGCUCAUCAACACAAAUCUCGUCAGUCCGGAGGGUUUGGCCGUUGAUGCCAAACGAAGGUUGAUGUUCUGGGUCGACUCGAACGCAGAUGUUAUUGAAAGCGCCGAUCUGGAUGGCAGCAGGAGGCGGACCCUGUUUGACUCGGACCUGGUCAACCCGCGGGCCAUCAUAGUGGUUUCAUCCACUGGGAGUCUAUAUUGGACUGACUGGAACAGGGAGGCUCCAAAGAUCGAGACGUCCACUGUGGAAGGUCAGGACCGUCGAGUGGUUGUAUCUGAUGGCAUCGGUUUGCCAAACGCUCUGACGUACGACUUCUCUUCUGGACAGAUCUGCUGGGCUGAUGCAGGCACAAAGCGUUUAGAGUGCAUAUCUCCAAAUGGCUCCAGCCGAAGAGUGAUCAACUCUGGCCUCAACUACCCAUUCAGCAUGGUCUACUACAGCAACCACUUCUAUUAUAGUGACUGGAGGAGGGACGGCGUGAUCGCAGUGAACAAAGACAGCAGCAAGUUCACUGAUGAAUACCUCCCUGAGCAGCGCUCUCACCUGUACGGUAUCACCAUAGCAACCACCCACUGUCUACCAGGGAGCCACUAACAACAGACCAGCAAUCACAGGGUCCUAUGGUGCUAUAGAUGUGGGAGCUGAUCACUAGAUGGAAAGAAGGCCGGAGCAGAUCAACCAUCAGAGCAGAGUCACAACCCUCACCCUCAAAAUAUAACCCAAAGUAAAUGUUUUGUAAAUUUGUUUUAUACCUCAUUUUUUCUACUGCUUUUUUUUAUAUUUUGUGAGUUAUUUUGUUUUCUAUCAAAGCUACAGAACAAUGACACGAGUGUGCUGUUUUCCUAUCACUUAAAGAGGUCUUUCAGGAUUUGUGAAGUAAGUUUCUGGUAAAAGGUUGGAAGCAGCUAAUAUCUUACCUGCAGUGGAUACGUCUCCUGCUGCCUUCAUUUAGAAUAGUUGACUGAAGCUAACUGCUAGUGUGAGAGGGGAGAAGACCAAAGCGGACAUCCACCGUCUUGAAACAACUGUCUCAAAUACGUCAAAACACUAUUUUAUGAAUAUUAAAACCAGCGCUACAUUUGCAUUUGGGGGUCAUUAACACGGAAAUCGCUGAUUACUUGCACAGGAAAUGGAGGCAAGAGGCAGUGCACCAUCGAUCAUCUUCAUGUGAACACAUGCAAAGAACAGAACAUAUAAAGCAUUUCGGGUCAAAGUAAUCAGUUCACAUAAAAAUGAGGUAGCAUAACACUAGAUGGGGUUCACUUAAACCACUGUAAUGUUUUUUGCUUUUUAUUCCCUUUUACUUUUAUAUUGGACAGUUACUCUGACUGGAAACAUUUGUGUUUAACAAAACCAAAAGAAAAAAAUCAGCCUGUUAUCGAACUGUGCGUCCAGCAUGGUAGCCUUGUUUCAUACGAAGGCUUUACUCUGUUCUCUGUUGCUUGCACCUCUGUUACUACCAGAUUUCAUCAACGUAGUUUGGUCUGUAACCACUCAAUGCAAAUAUAACAAUGGUUUAAAGGUUUAUAAAAUAGUGUUAAAACCCCUUUGAGCUUUUGGGCCCGACAGUUGUCUACUGCAAGUAAGAUAUUAACUGCUUGUUACUUUUUAACAGGAACUCACCUCAAAGAUCCUACGUAUAGCUAAAGAAAAACACGAAGCAUCAGGGUUUUAAAAAUACUGUCCAGUGUGACCACUUAAGUUUUAUUUGACAAUUUAGGACAAGUCAUUCGAGUGCUUCCUUAUUAAAAAUGAUUUGGACUCAGCAGUAUUAUUAUGGCUCUAGAGCCAGGAGAUGGUAACUUCCAUUGCAUUUCAACAAAGACUACAAGUGUUGGUUUUAUUAAGAUUAUUCCCCCGCUUUAGCUUGCAGAGGUUUAAAACUUGUCUGGGUCCAGGAUCAACUAAAACAAAAAACUGCAGCUUGCUUGUAAGGACAUGAUAACAGGAUUAAUUGGCAGUUCUGACAUAAAUGGCGCAAAUAAGCCUGAUUGUUUUUAAAUACCCCCCCUCCACCCUGUUUUAUUACUGUUAAGAUAAAUUUCUGAAAUGAAAAUAGCACAAACUACAGUCAGACUUCAGCAACCAGUUCUGGAUUUAUCACAGGAGAAAAUGUCAUGUUUUCUUUUUUUAUAUUUUUACAUUUUAAACCUUUUGUUAACGAAGUGUGAUAUUUAUAUCAAUAAAAUGUGAUUUGAUACAA